UUGUGGUCGUUCAGGCUGUUGUUGUGGAGGGAAGCAGUUAGCUCCGUUUGCUCGUCGUGUGUUUGGAGGAUAGUUCGCUGCUGGUUCUCGCUCUUUCGGAGUUUCCAUAAUGGCGUAUCAGCUGUACAGGAACACGACGCUGGGAAACAGCCUGCAGGAGAGUCUGGACGAGCUUAUACAGACUCAGCAGAUAACUCCUCAGCUCGCUCUUCAGGUCCUCCUCCAGUUCGAUAAAGCCAUCAACACAGCGCUCGCCAACCGAGUCCGCAACAGGGUCAAUUUCAGGGGAUCUCUGAACACGUACAGGUUCUGCGACAACGUGUGGACGUUUGUUUUGAACGACGUUGAGUUCAGAGAGGUCACCGAGCUCGUGAAGGUCGACAAGGUCAAGAUUGUCGCCUGUGAUGGAAAGAGCGAGUCGACCCACAACAAAACUGAUAAAUGAUUUGGGCGGCCGGCUCUCUGGGAGUUCCUGUGUGGGACAAAGUCCCAGAUGGACCUGGACUGUACAUAUAAUUUAUUACAGCGAUCACCUGUGUGGGUGUGUGCGGCAGUUUGCUUUGUUUUUUAUUGUUUACCGAAGUUUUUGUUCAGUUUGUUGUGAUUACUGAGCUGAGUCAUGAAUAAAAACUUUAUUUAAAACACAAACAACCUCUG